CUCUGAAGCUCGCUCGCUCUCUCUCUCUCAUUAGGAGUUUGUUGUUCAUUCACAGCAACGAUGCCACGUCGAAGCUCCAGAGGAAGAUCAAGUAGAUCAUCUUUUCGUCCUGCUGCCCAUGCUCCGCUGCGUAACCCUCCUCAGCCAGUUGCUCCUGCUCCUCCACUAGCACCUAUUCAAAGUGGAUCUGCAAGCAGAGGGAUUGGUUCUGUAGUUGCAGAAGGCAUGGCUUUUGGUGGUGGCAGUGCGAUGGCCCACAGGGCUGUGGAUGCCGUGAUGGGUCCUACAGUCAUCAAAUAUGAUACAGCGGCCUCCCCUGCCCCUAUUGCUGAGCCAGCAACCAUGAAUAGUCUUGGAGGUUUUGAUGCAUGUGGUGGCCAAUCUAAGGCAUUCCAAGAUUGCCUGAAUAAUUCUGGAAGCGACAUCAGCAAGUGCCAGUUCUACAUGGAUAUUCUGUCUGAAUGCCGCAAAAAUACCAGCAGUGGCUUAACUGCUUGAUUCUGUUUGUGUUCCGCGGCUGAAAGGUUGCUGGUAGAAUUUAGGACCGGGUACCACCUCCAAGUGAUUUUAUCCAUGGUUUUUUUGUUCCUAUUUUAAGUUGUGAGCAUUGGAUGUGAGAAUUAUUCAGUUCAUCUGAAUGUUUUGACAUCUGGAGUCUAAUAACAGAAUUAUUGGUCUUUGUUGAUCCAACUUUUUAUAAUAAUGUUGCAAUUCUAUGGUUGAAGAAGUGACUUUCAAAUAAACUGUUGGCAUGUGGUAGGUUAUUGAAAAUGAGGGAUUGUGCAUGCAAUACUGUGAAAAUUAUGGCUCAGUGGUUAUGGAAUGAAGGCCCGUAGUGUUUCAUCUAGAGGUUUUGUUUUACACACAGCCUUGUAACCUUGCAGAACUUCAUUGUGAAGUUUAGUCA